AUGCAGGUCUUCCUCCAACUUCUCGUUCUAGCCAUUGCCCUUUGUGUAUAUGGUAUUGAGGAGGUUCCGAGAGCGUCUGCGAUACGAUCGGAUGCGCAAAGUGAGAUCCGAAGGGCACCUGUCUACAAGCCAAAUAAUGCAGCUCCACGUGCGCAUGGAUUCAGAAGAACUUCAACUGGAGUGAGGAGAGCUCCGCACCCAGCUGCUUCUUCACCUAGACCUCAGCAGCCGAAGACCAUAAGGCCACCGCUGUCGGUGCCCAUUAUUCCGCUGCCAUCAAUGAUACCGAUGAGUCUGCCACUCGUCACUUUCCCUCCGAUGAUGUCCAUGCCGACGCUGCCCACAUUCGCAACGAUUCCUAUGCCUACACUCCCCUCGCUCACGAUGCCUCCGUCAUUCCAACGUCUUAUGGGUAUCACUACACCCACACCACGGAUUUCGAAACACCGAGAGCACAAGCACAAGAAGCAGGAAAGUGAAGAAGAGGAACGACCAAGGCAGCCGGUCCAAAGCAUGGAAGAAAGCGUUGAGAGUGACUCCUCGAGAAGUCUUUCGCCCGUCUCAUCUCGAUUACCGAAGUUUGUCAAUCCAAGAAAAGUGUCUGUGGUUGCACCGGAGACAAAUGCCGACUGGAUUGUGCCAUUCUAA